CAACGCGCGCCAGGAGUUCUGUAGGGUCGGGAACGGUCGCCGUAGCGGGCGCCUGGGCCGUUUGCGGCUUAACGUCGUUUUCGCCGACUGUUAGUUGUCUCUGCAGUGACUCCAGAUGCUGUUCUUGAGGUGUUAAUCAGUCCUGUUUGAAUCGGUCAGUUCUCACAGCAAUCCUGAGCACGGUAGGAGUCCAUCUGAACUAAACAAUAAAAGCAGCAUCACUGUUUCUUGGUGUGCAUGAAGAUAACCCAGAGAGUUGAGGAAGUCGCUAAGAGUGUGCUGGGGAUGCUCUAGGAAAAGACUGAAUGCUGAGGUGAUUCCCAGUCCAAAGGUUUUUGAUUUGCCAAGAAGAAAGUGAACCUCAUGGAUCAGAACAACAGCCUCCCACCUUAUGCCCAGGGCCUGGCCUCCCCUCAGGGGGCCAUGACUCCUGGAAUCCCUAUCUUUAGUCCGAUGAUGCCGUAUGGCACAGGACUGACUCCACAGCCUAUUCAGAGCACCAACAGUCUGUCUAUUUUGGAAGAACAGCAAAGGCAGCAGCAGCAACAGCAGCAGCAACAGCAGCAGCAGCAGCAGCAGCAGCAGCAGCAGGCGGCAGUGGCAGCCGUUCAGCAGUCGACCUCCCAGCAGGCGACCCAGGGGGCCUCGGGCCAGACACCACAGCUUUUCCACUCACAGACUCUUACGACCGCACCCUUGCCGGGCACCACUCCCCUGUAUCCCUCCCCCAUGACUCCCAUGACCCCCAUUACCCCUGCCACGCCAGCCUCGGAGAGCUCUGGGAUUGUGCCGCAGCUGCAAAAUAUUGUAUCCACAGUGAAUCUUGGUUGUAAACUUGACCUGAAGACCAUUGCACUUCGUGCCCGGAAUGCUGAAUAUAAUCCCAAGCGGUUUGCUGCUGUAAUCAUGAGAAUAAGAGAGCCCCGGACCACUGCACUGAUAUUCAGUUCUGGGAAGAUGGUGUGCACAGGAGCCAAGAGUGAAGAACAGUCCAGACUAGCAGCAAGAAAAUAUGCCAGGGUUGUACAGAAGUUGGGUUUUCCAGCUAAGUUCUUGGACUUCAAGAUUCAGAAUAUGGUGGGGAGCUGCGAUGUGAAGUUCCCUAUAAGGUUAGAAGGCCUUGUGCUUACCCACCAACAGUUCAGUAGUUAUGAGCCAGAGUUAUUUCCUGGUUUAAUCUACAGAAUGAUCAAACCGAGAAUUGUUCUCCUUAUUUUUGUUUCUGGAAAAGUUGUAUUAACAGGUGCUAAAGUCAGAGCAGAAAUUUAUGAAGCCUUUGAGAACAUCUACCCUAUUCUAAAGGGUUUCAGGAAGACAACGUAAUGGCUGUCAUGUACUCCUGCCUCCCCCACCCACUUGUUUUUUUUAAAACAAAUCAGUUCUGGUACAUUUAGUGGUGUUGUGGACGGCCCCAUGUGAUGAGAGGAUGGAUGUCUGGUUGUAGGUUGCAGCACGAGGUGAAGCUCCCCUGCAUGUGUACCCCGUAGGGAUGCCAGGAAGGGGGCGUUAUUUCUGCAUAGAGAUCACCGAAGUGUUACUGUAAGUUGCUCGAACUGUGCUGCUAUUUGGGCAGCGCUGCCCGUUUAUUUAUGUUUAGAUUUUAAACACUUACUGCUGUUGACAAGUUGGUUUAAGGGACAAAACUUUAAGUGUUAAAGCCACCUCAACAAUCGAUUGGACUUUAUUUUGUUUAAUUUCUUCCCCAUAAACCACAGUUUUUAUAUUUCUACCAGAAAAGUAAAAAUCUUUUUAAAAAGUGUUGUUUUCUAAUUUGUAACUCCUAAGGGUUAUUUUUGUGCCACAUUCCGCCUUUCCAGUAUUGCAGGACAGAAUAGAAAUGUAUUAAUGAAAACAAAUGGCUGUACAUAUUUUUCUUCCUUCAGAGUACUCUGUACAAUAAAUGCUGUUUAUAAAAGUGUUA